AUGGAGACUAACGUCAUUAAUUCCGUAGACGACAAUAAGAAAGUAUCAAAUGUCACCAAUGUUCUCGCCUUUUUACAUAUUUGUCAACAACUUAAGCAAACGAAACGUACCGGAUGGUUGUAUCAUGGAAUCAAAAACCCGGAAUCGAUUUCUGAUCACAUGCAUCGAAUGUCUAUCUUAGCCUUAUUAUGUGAUGAUGAUUCUCUGGAUCGUGAUCGAUGUGUCAAGAUGGCUGUUGUGCACGAUUUGGCUGAGAGUAAAGUGGGAGAUAUCACACCGUUAGAUGGGGUUAGCAAAGAAGAGAAACAUCGGUUGGAAGAGGAAGCAAUGCUUCAUCUAUGCACAGAUCUAUUAGGCAACACCCCACAAUCCAAAGAAAUCUUUGAGUUAUGGCAAGAGUACGAGAAUGCAAAAACAGCUGAAGCUUUGUUCGUCAAAGAUCUGGAUAAAUUCGAGAUGAUAUUGCAGGCUUCCGAGUAUGAACAAUCCGAUCAAAAAGAUCUGACGGAAUUUUUCGAGUCGGCCAGUAAUAAGAUUCGACAUCCAUUAGUAAAGCGUUGGGCAAACGAGUUGUAUGUGCAACGUGAAGAGUAUAAGAAAAAAACAAUACUGGGAUUUGUAUCUUAA